AUGGCUCAUUCUCAUCCCAACCGUUGCGAGAUGGAUGUAGCCCGUUCUCUCAUCCAUUUAGCUCAUGUCCCCGACGGGAAUGAGAACAGAAACCAGGACCUGGAUGCAAGCGCGGGCGUCGACACUCAGUUACAGCCACUCUCGCAGGACUCUAUUCUCAAAGCUGCACAAAGCGAGCCCCAGCACAGCGUGAUCAAGACGGAGCCUACUGAUGGUCAGCACGGAGAACCUAUCCAUCAUGCAUACAACAUCAGCUAUCUCAGAUCACCUGCCCAGCAUAUAACUCCUAAUUCUACCCCAGUUCAGUGCCCACCGCAGACUGGGGCUCACGCUCACGCUCCGGUCUUGGCUUCUCCUAUGGCUGGCGGAGGAGAGGCUCUUCAAGGACAUCUCAUCCGGCAACAGCUUCUGGCCGGUAUUCCGCCAGAGGACAUCAUUACCAUCGAUCGGCACUAUCAGGAUAACCCAAACACUAAUAUAAAUACGCCGGAGAAUCCUUCGUUGAUUCAUAUUUCCAAUCAAGGCGUGUUCUUCCCUCAUGUUCCGCCUGCAACCUACACUCCUCAAACAGCCUACCCGGUCCUAAACGUGAAUAGGAUGAAGGGAGAAGCUCCACCUUCGCGAUAUUUGACUGUACCUACGGAGACUCACUUCAAUCACAAAGCAACUUUUGAGCGUGCUCCAGCUACCUUCGUCACUAACGCAGCGGGGAACACCCUGGGUGCAUAUGGAGAUCUGGAAGAUCAUCAUAUAGAAACUACAAGUUUCUCUUUGAGCAUGGGUUCAUACGCUCAAGGUGAAUACAUGCCCUUAGAAUAUACUCAGCCGGCGAGCGCCCUCAAUCUGAACAAGGCGGAGUAUCUCUUUGGAUCACACUCGGCUAUCAAGAACGAACCUAUUGCGGUAACUCCACGGCACAUCCUGCGAAGUCAGGAGACAAAUGCCUCUGAUCCACAAUUUGUUGGAACGGCUUAUGUUCCUCAUGGUUUCCCUAGCUCGCAAUACGAAGGUCAUUCAGGUCUUCGAUUAAACCGGAUGCAAAAGCCCUCGACCAGGGACCCACGAAGGGGCUAUGGAACCAUGUAUGAAUAUGAUAGAGCUACAUUUGGAAGUUACCAAAGCACGGGUCAAGCUUACACUGCUAGUGAGAGUGAUACUGGUCAGCGCAAGGCCGAUACACCUAAAUGUCCCUCUACUGACGUCCAAAAUAUCCAAACUGUAAUUGAGGGUGAGAGUUAUGGCGUCAAUCUUAAUACCUUCAACAUACUCCUCGCUCUUUUCAAGCACCCAGAGAUCGCCGUCCGACUUACGGGUGAACUUUGUGUUCAGGAUCUCAUCAAUCUACAGUCGACGUCGAGGGCGUGUCAUAGCUUCACGGUCAAGUACCUUCCGAAAAUUGUGCGGCUUCAGACACUACGCCGGUCGCGUGUGGCGUCCCACAUCUUCCCGUGGCGUUGUUACUCGAAGCUACGGUUUAGGCGAAUUGCAAUAGGUAAUGAAAUCGACCCCUUUUCCACAACCUGUUCCGUCGACUCUGUCGUCGCCUCUACCGCUUCUUUGCGCUGGUUACAGAUGGUCAGAUCCCGCGAUCAAACCGUUCAUAUAAUUCUCGCCUGUCUCCAAAGAGCUGGUUAUGGUUUCCCUUUGCGCUAUAGGUUUGCCAUCUUCAAACUUUGGUUCCUGAUGGACAUUCCCGAUACAGCGCGUCGUGUAUGGACCGUCCAGAACCGGAAUCUCUGGACAGACCUCGAUCUAUUUAUGGCCAUUUUCUUCAUAGUGCGACUUGACAUGUACGUUAAGAUCAUGCGCAAAAAUCAGACUGGCGGCCAGCGACGCCUUAUCAUGGCUCAGCCUAGUCUUUAUCUCUGUCGCGAUAUGCUGCUUGGUCGUGCUCUGAGAAGCGAUAUAGAGCUUCUCAGGGCCCUAAUUCGCUGGAGGUACAAUCCUCGACCUAGUGAAGUACCUGAAGGUGAGAUUUUUGGGGUGCCGUCUGCCGAGGUGGGCUCUUUGCAAUAUGAAGGGUACGGCAAAGGUCGCGAACAGAACAAGAAACUGCGGCGUCCAGAUGAGGUUAUUCUACAAGAGGCCCAAAGAAGACGGCUUGAUGUUCAACAGAUGUACGUGCGGAUCUUUAUCCAUGGCCAGCCUCAGACAUUUGCCCAAUGUGAGCGUCCGCUCGUCCCCUGGGAUCUGGAAGUCAGGAAUGCGACUCAAGAUUGUGAUGAUCCCAUUGGCCCUUUCUUGGUGUUAGACUAA